AACACGAGCUGCCAUAAACGAUAGAAUCCGCCCUCCUACCUCCGCUGCAGGCCGCCAAUGGCGGAUCGGGACUUUCCGCGCGGCCCGAGCGGGACGCUUUCUAACGACGCGCCGCCAUCAAAACGGUGCAUCUUUGACGCGACGACUGAAGUGGAAUCUCCUUCCGCCCACCCUCGCCCGCUUUCAGCGUCAGGUCUCCCCGCUUCGCCCAAUCCCUCCCCUUUUCCCGCGUCGCGCGAUCCUUCCGCUUACCCCGCUGCGCCCAGCCUAUCCGACGGGCUCCGCAGUUCCCCUCCUCCCGCGUGCCUCGCGCCGCGAUUCACGCAGACCAGAUCGCGCGAUGACGUGGCAGCGGAUUGCUCCAUGCCUCAAUCGUUCAAGCAUUCGCUCGACGAUCUCUGCUGCUUAAAUCUCAUCGAUCACGGAAGUUUCCAAAACGGCACAUUUCAAUACGAUCCGUCGUUCGACGCGCCUCGGAACGCCAAGCGAUCGGCCCAGAAUCAAAUCUUUGACGACUUCUCCUGCUUGGGGUUAGGGUUGGAUGACGCGGACGGCCCGUGUCGAUCCGCGCCGCAAAGCCGCACCGUUUCCCCUCCGCCCGCCUUCUUCCCGCCGCCCGCCUUUCCGCCGCCCGCCAUUCCACCGCCGUUGACGGGCGCACAGGUUUCCGCAUUCAGCGCCGCACUUGGCGCCGCCGCUGGCGCCGCCGCAAGUGGCGGUGGGUCGAGAGCCGUCUCUAACGCCAUUGAAUCUUCCGCCGCCUCUGCGCAAGUCCAUCCCCCCCAACUCCCCCGCUCCGCCUCCCCGCCUUCCCCUUCCCCUCCCCAUGACCCCGCACUUCCGCUUCCCGUUCCGCUCCCCGCGUCCACCCGCCCAGCCUCCUCCGCCUACCCGUCCUAUCCGCUCUCGCGCGAGUCGCUUCUGCGGCGGCCGACGCGGAUCAUCCUCGUGCGACACGGGCAGAGCGAGGGGAACGUGGACGAGGGCAUCUACACCCGGAUCGCAGACUCGCGCGUGUCUUUAACUCCGUUGGGGUUCGAGCAGGCCGUGGAAGCGGGGAAGCAGAUUAGGAGACUAAUUGAGCUCGACGGGCAGAAGGGGAGGAAGGGGAGGAAGGAGAAUGCGGGAGGUUCUUCUGGGGAGGGUGAUUCUGGUGGGGGUGAUACUGACGAAGCGGGGGAGGAGGAGGAUGAUUGGGGGGUGUAUUUCUACGUCUCGCCUUACCUGCGAACUCUUCAGACCCUGCGUGGCAUCGGGCGCGCAUUUGACCGGCGGCACAUUCUGGGGGUGAGGGAGGAGCCGAGACUGAGAGAGCAGGACUUUGGAAACUUCCAGGUGCAAGAGCGCAUGCGGCAGAUCAAGGACAUGCGGCAGCGCUUUGGGCGGUUCUUCUAUCGAUUCCCCGAGGGAGAGUCUUCGGCUGAUGUCUAUGACCGUGUGACCGGUUUCCUGGACAGUCUGUGGCGCGACAUAGACUGGUGUCGGCUGCACCCACCUCCUCCUCCUCCUCCCCUCGCCCACCCACCUGCUUCAGCCGCCACUACUGCUGCUGCUCCCACUGUUGCUGAUGCCACUGCUGGCCGUAGUGGUGGUUCUGAUGCUGGCAGCUCUGCUGCUGGUGCUGCUGGGGCUGCUGUUUUGGAAGUUGGUCGAGAGGAGCACCCGCAAGGGAGGGAAGAUGGGGGAGCUACAGCUUCAGCUGCUGAUGUGCGCUGCAAGGGAGGCGAUGCAGCCACAGCGCGUGCAAUCUCAACCACACAUCACGGAUCACCAUCACCUCCGACGCGUCCUCCUCCCCCCGCCGCUCCUCCUCCUCCCCCGCGCCGCAAGGCGCUGAACAUAGUGAUGGUGACGCACGGACUCACCACGCGCGUGUUCCUCAUGCGCUGGUUCCGCUGGACCGUGCAGCAGUUUGAGGGGCUCUUAAACCCGGGCAACUGCGAGAUCAGGGUGAUGGAGAUGGGCGAGGGGGGCAAGUACAGCCUGGCUGUGAGGCACUCCGAGUAUGAGCUGUUCUCGUGGGGGCUCACUCCGGACAUGAUUGCAGACCAGCACGCGCGCAUGACGAGGGUGGUGGGCGACAGGAAGGGCCGCAGCACCUCGGGAUCGCCGGGCUGGCUUUCCUUCUUUGACCACUUGGAUGCGCCCCCGCAUGCUGCAGCGCCAACAACAGCAGCAGCAGGAGCAAAUGCAGCAACCGCAGCAGCAGCAGAAACUGCAGAAACAGCAGCAACAACAGCACAUGCAGCAGCAAGAGCACCACCAGCACCAGCAGCAGCAAGGGCAGCAGAUUCAAUGUCCACAGCUGCUGGUGCUUCUUCCUCCACUGCUUCCCUGGGCUCUAGCCCUGCCGCUGCAAAUUCCGCCCAGGUGGCACGUGCUUCUAACCAACUUAUAUUACCGGAAUGCCUUCCCACUGAAGUCUCCCUUUCUGCGGAUUUGGCUGCUGGUUCGGCUGCUGGUGGUGCUGCUGCUGCUGCUAGCUCUGCUUCUGCUGCUGCUGCUGCGAUCGCUAGCAACUAUGGGGCAUGUGUUGAUGGAGCUGGGGAUGGGACUGGAGAGGCAGAGCAAGCAUUGGAGAGGGAGGGGGGUGCCUUCGCCUUCGUGCUGCCAGGAGGGUCUGCGGUGGCUGAUGAAUGUAUCAGGCUUGCAGAGGAGAGUGAAAAUGAUAGUGCAGGGAGGAUAUUGGGAUGGCGGCAUGAGAAAUCUGUAGCAGAGAGCAAUGAUUCCACGCCAAUAUGACCUUUCAGCCCAGCCCUUAUCAGCAUGGGAUGGGCUGAAAGGGUUUGUGUGAGCAAGCAGAAUUUUUUCACCUUAUUGUCCUCGUGUAUUACCAGUACUUAUGAUUGUCCUAUAAAUUCCCCUCCUUCAA